AUGCAAAGAAAGGUCCACAACAUUAUCAAGGCCAUAACCAAGCUGCCUCAAUUUAUAUGGAUGAUCAAGAUCUUGAAAGUGAUUUUGGCAUACUUUGGCAGUUCAACAUAUGCCAAAGUGCAUCUUCAUAUGCAAUUUAAGGGUGAUGAUGGUGAACAUGUCAGUGUACUCCAGAAUAUUGGGAAGACUUGA